UCCUUCAGCUUCCUGGUCUUGUUCCCAGGCCAUGGCGGCCACCACGGUGACCGACGCCGGCAGCGUCAGGAUCAUCACGGAGGUGAUCCCGGCCACGGAUCCCCGGGCGGCCCAGCUGGCCUCAGGCUCCCAGACACCUGCCAGGACCUCAUUCCAAACACAAGGCUUCCGGAGGGCUCAUCCCAAGGUGUUGGGGACCAUCCACAUCUUCACUGGAAUUGUCCACGUCGGCUUCGGGCUCAUCCUGACACUGUCGGAGCACAGUAACCCUUCCCUCCCUGUGGCCAGCGGGAUCCUCUUCUGGCUGGGGAUCCUGCUCCUGGUCUCGGGCUCCUUGCUGGUGGAAAGUGAAAGGAGAGACAGCCCUGCGCUGGUCAAGACCUGCUGUGUGGUCAGCGUGGGCGUUGUCCUGGGCACGCUGGUGGCCACCGGGAUCCACGGCACGGCCAUCACCCGGGUCGUGCCCGGCUGCGAGAAGCCCGGGCCCUUCCAGCGCCGCCCGGAAUGGUGCCUCAACAGGGAGAGCAAGAUGCUGAGCAACAGCCUGGAUUCCAUCUUGGUGAUCCUCGGCCUCCUGGAAUUCUGCGUGGCCGUGGCGGUCCUGGCGUUUGGAUACGACACGGUCCGGCAGCACACAUACAGCCAGCUGGCGCUGUAGCCACGGCCCAGCCCCGCACGUGCAGCCGCAUCCCGGGGGGAUCCCCGCUACCGGAGCCCCCUGGGAUGUCCUC